AUGAAUUCCACAGUGGAGAAUUUCAAUAUAGGUGCAAGGGAGCCAUGCUACAGCAGGUGGAAAAUAUAUCCAACAAACACAGAUUGGCUACCCCCUCUCCCACCUUCACAACAACCCCAAGGGACCCACAGCCACCAGUUCUUACCAUCAGCACUGCGUGGAGUCCAGGCAGCCCUGCAGCGGCCUCCUCAGGAGCUGGGCUGUGCCCCAGGCCUCCCUUCACUCAGCUGCUUCCUGUGCCCAUCACCCUCAGCUACGGGGCCCUGGAAUGUUCUGUGGCCCAGUGCCAGCGUCCAGUUGCUAACAGCCAACUACCAACCACCAGUCAACAACUGCCAACUGCCAGCUCCUUGCCUCCCCACCACAGUGAACUUAUCUGGUCUUCCCGGUUCGCAGGGCCUCAUCUCUCCCCCAGGCCAUACAGGGCAAGACGCAGCCUCCCAGCAGCAGCCUAGAAAGACUCCAGCAUCUGCUGGUGCCCCACAGAAAUCACCCACACAUCCUAAGCAGGGGGCUGCGACGAUAUGUGGGCAGAGUAAUUGCCCUUCGCAUGGGCCAGGAGAGUCAAGGAGACCAUUUUGUGAGGUGGAGGUGACAGCUGGACUGGACUCACGCCCUUGCCCAGAGUCUCCUUCUCUGGGGCAUACAACUCAAUGCAACAGCAGCCAUCCAUCUUACUGCAUGCCAACGCAUUUUGAGAUGAAGAAAAGGCUGAACCAAGCUUUUAUAGAGAUUUUGUUUUUCACGGCUUGAAGUUAUUUAGUGAAAAAGCAAACUCUUGUGAAGUUUCAUCUUGUUUUCUUGACC